AUGAACCAUCACGUGAGUACCAGCCAUCAUGCAGUGAAUGUUCACAACGCAGACCCAGAAACACGGGGCAUGAAAAAGAGGAACACGCUAAUUGAGAACACAGACACGUGUGAUGCCUGUCGUGAUGAGCUCCAUCUCUCAGACCUGACACAGCACUUCCACCGUGCGUUUUCGACAGUCACAUCCGCGACACCAUUCAUCUCCAUGGCUGAGGUGGCGGGCGUUUUCAGCUCCAAUAACUCCGGGGCCAAGAAAUACACGUAUGAGGAGUCGCUGGUGCCUCGGUUCAUUAGUCGUGGUGUUGGCGUCGGCCUUGUUACCACUGAAUCUAUUCCUGCUGGUAGUGUGGUCUUUGCGGAGGAUGUGGCUUGGACUACAGAGGAGGAGAACUUGAGCUGUCAGACACCGAGAGAGGUCAAUGCUAUGCUUGGGGCGAAGGUGAGGGCCAUGGGGGACGAGUGGCUGAGGAAGUUCCUUGCUCUGCCGAGUUCGCUGAAGCAGGAUUUGGGAGUGUUUGCGGGGAUUUGGGAUUUGUAUCAGUUGCCGAUUGUCAUGAAUGGGGUGAGAGCUGGGAUUGUGGGGUUGAAUCUUGCGGCGGUUAAUCAUGCCUGUGUGCCGAAUUGCGCGUUGACGAUCAUCAAUAAAUAUGCGAAGGAUGAGAACGGAAAUAUUAAGACUGGGGAGAGUCCGAUGGUUGGAAGGGCUGUUGUGCGCGCUCUCAAAAAUAUCCCGAAAGAUGAGGAGAUCACUGUCCCGUACUUCUAUGGAAAGGGACAGCAGAAGGCGAGGGAGUUGUUCUCGUGGACUGAGUUCGGCUUCUUCUGCUCGUGCAAAGCGUGCAUGCAGCCCAAGGAUGUGAUCGAGAUUGCCAUGGAUAAGUAUUGGAAGGUUGAGCGCAUCUUGAACCACCCCGACACUGUCGACUUGUAUCCCGCGAUGGCAUUCAAGUCCGCGCAGGAGGUGAUCAGUAGGCUUCUUACGUGCCAGAUCCGCGAUGCUCGCGUUGCGAUGAUCUGGGCCAAAUGUGCCAUGAUCGCUGGUUACCACUCUGAUAUUGCGCGCGCUAUGUGUUUCCUGGCCAAGGCAUACCGAAUGUUGGCUGUCCUCGAGGGGAGUACGGGAGUCUUCUAUCGCCAGAUCCUCAUAUGGUACGAAACACCCAUGGUGAUGCCAGGGUUUGGAGCUACAACGCGAGGACUUUCCACCGCUAUCGAAGGCCGAAACAUGCUUGAUGAACGCGACGUCAAGGAGAAGCUGUUCAUGACGGCAGCAAAGUCGGACGAGUACAUUCGCAUACACCGAUACCACCGCUUAUCCGACGCUAAGGCCAAACAGAAAGGCAGUAGGUACCUACUUUUACCCGAAAAGCCCACCAAGCCAAAGGGGGCACAGAAAUUGCUUGAAUCAGAUGCCUCGAAAUCAGAGCACUUCCCAAAGCACAGAGAUGAGCCGACGGCGCCGGAAACGGUUCACCGGAGUGGCAGUGGCACAUCGAAUCUGAAACGGAAUAAGGAUAAACCCAGCGACAAUACUUCAAAGGGGAAGCCUCAAGUAUGCAAGAGUCAUAGCCAAGCAUCUACCCAGGAAACGUCGUCCGGCGAAGUCUGCACUGAUCCACACUGGGAUAUGUUGGAUUUUAUCCGAGAGCUUAUGGCUGAUAAUCUAGAUCUAUUCCCGGAUUAUCAUUCUCCUACUGUUCCUGAGGCAGCCAAGAAGAAAAAGAAGAAGAAGAAGAAGAGCAAGAAAGGAAAGGACUCGGCACAAGCUGGGGGAAACACUCAGCAAGAAUAG